CCAAUAAGCGUUUUCCAUUGUGUUUCCCAUAGACCAAACUCAUCUUCUCCAUCUUUCUCUUCUCAGAGAAAAAAUGGCAUCUUUGAGCUUCUCAUUCUUCCUUCUCUCAAUCUUGCUAUCUUUCAGUCCCAUAUUAUGCACCAACUCUGAAGGAAAUGCUUUGCAUGUUCUGAGAACCAAGCUUUCUGAUCCCAAAAAUGUCUUACAGAGCUGGGAUCCCACCCUUGUAAACCCUUGUACCUGGUUCCAUGUCACCUGCGACUCCAGCAAUCAUGUUAUUCGUUUGGAUUUGGGGAAUUCUAAUGUUUCAGGGACUUUGGGUUCUGAGCUUGGUGAACUCAAGCAUCUUAAAUACUUGUACUCUCUUACAACCCUGUUUUAUCUGUUUAUUUUGUUGUUGUUUUUUGUUGCCAUUUUAUGUAGUUGUUGCCAAAAUUGCAGGGAGCUUUACUGGAACAACAUUGAAGGCAAAAUCCCAAAGGAAUUGGGGAACUUGAAGAAUCUUGUGAGCAUGGAUUUAUAUGGCAACAAAUUCGAAGGGGAAAUCCCAAAAUCUUUCUCUAAAUUGAAGUCUUUAAGAUUUCUGCGAUUAAACAACAACAGGCUGUCGGGUCCUAUUCCAAGGGAGCUCACGAAACUCUCUAACCUUAAAGUUUUCAAUGUUUCGCAUAACAAUCUUUGUGGUACGAUACCUGUUGAUGGCCCUUUCGCAAGUUUCCCUUCCAAUAGUUUCGAGAACAACCGAUUGAAUGGACCGGAGCUGCAAGGACUCGUGGCGUAUGAUUUCGGAUGUUAAAUUACUGGAAUUGAUGCAGCAAAAUAUGUAGCAAAUUUACAUCUUCUUUUGGGUCUUUUUUAAGUUAUAUUUACAAGUAUCGGAGAACAUGAAAAUAGAAGACCUAUAAAUUAAAAGCUUCGGAUCUUUUAUCGAAUUUUUAUUGUUGA